AUGGAACUCUGGUUUUUUCAAGUUAUCACGUUAUUUUUAUUAGUUAAAUCUACGAAUUUACAACUUCUUAUUAAUGUGCGAAACCAGGGUGGCGAUGUUAUGCAGGAGAACAUAACAGCGAACGUGUCAGAAGACACAAUCACACUGGAAUUUAUAAGGCUCGACGGUGUCUUCAUCUCACAACUUGUCGACUUCACUAAUGAGGUUGAGGCUAUGAAAGUGAUAAUACCCGGAGAGGAGGAGCUGGGACAGACGGGCCACCAAACGUUGUGCUUCCUAACACAUGCUGCGCAAGCUGACUUUAUUGCACCUGAUGCAAUGGCAAAAUUAAGACAGAAAAAUCCAGGUACGAUCAGAGUAGCAGAAGAAGACAAAGGUUGGCGACAAACAACAGCUACAGCAUGGGCGGGACACGCCACACGACUUUUGUCUCCACCUGCAGCCAGACACUGUGCUUCAGCACGGGAGCGUGUGUACCUCCGUGCGGCCGACCUGGCAAGAUGGGCGCCAAGACCUGGCUUGGAGCAGUCUUCCUACAGUUCAUCCGUAACGCCAUUUCCAGCACAUGCACUGUUAACAGACACGGCAGAUGGCAAGCCUGCAGUUGGUGCCUGCGUUAGUGAAAAUGACAACACAAAGGAGUGUAUUUGUCAUUUGGAGGUAUGUGUCAACUGGUACCCAUGUGGUCUUAAAUACUGCAAGGGCAAACCUCAAGGAGGACUGAGCUACAGGUGUGGCAUCAAGACAUGUCAUAGAUGCUACCGUUAUCACUUCUACGUUCGAAGACGUGAUGCCUGCCAACACUACACGUGA